AACUAGCGCAGCCGGGAGAAAGGGAGCAAUAAGAUAGUGCUUCUCCAUCAGGAAGAGUGGAUCAAGACUUCUGUGAUGGCGCCACACGCCUCACCGCUACCUUGGGUGCUUAUCUUGUGUACUUUUUACGUAAACUCGUCGUUCCAGCCGGCACUGGUAUUAGAAAUGGCCGAGAUUCUUUUGGAGAACUACUGCUUCCCUGAAAACUUGGUUGGGAUGCAAGAAGCCAUCCAACAAGCCAUCAACAGCGGGGAAAUCCAGCAGAUUUCCGACGAGAAGAACCUGGCAGCUGUGCUCACAGUUGGAGUGCAAGGAGCCCUCAAUGAUCCACGGCUGACUGUGUCAUAUGAACCCAAUUUUGUCCCAGUCAUGCCACCGAUCCUGCCAUUGCUCCCGAAAGACCAACUGAUCCGGCUGGUGAGAAACUCUUUCAAGGUGGACAUAUUGGAAAACAACAUUGGUUAUUUACGAAUAGACCAGAUUAUCGGGCAAGAGACGGCUGCAGAGCUUGGAUCCCUGCUGCAGGAAAACAUCUGGGACAGAAUUGCGUGGACAUCCUCAUUAAUCUUUGACCUGAGGUACAGUACAGCGGGAGCGCUCUCUGGAGUUCCUUUCAUCGUUUCCUAUUUCUCAGAUCCUGGGACCCUCAUCCAUAUUGACACCGUAUAUGACAGGCCUUUGAAUACAACCACGGAGCUGUGGACUGUGCCGACAAUAAUGGGGGAACGAUAUGGACAGAAGAAGGAUGUGGUCAUUUUGACGAGCAGGCGCACCAUUGGGGCUGCUGAGGCAGUUGCUUAUACACUGAAAAACCUUAAGAGGGCAAUCACUGUCGGAGAAAGGUCUGCGGGUGGGUCAGUGAAAGUUCAAAAGAUUAAAAUAGCUCAGUCCAACUUUUACAUAACACUUCCUGUUGCAAGAUCUGUCAGUCCAGUAACGGGCCAGAGCUGGGAAGUGAGUGGCGUUUCUCCGACAGUCCACGUCGUAUCCAAGGAAGCUCUCACGAAAGCCAGAUCUCUGUUGGCUGUGAGACACGCCAUUCCAAAGGUUGUGCAAAGUAUCUCCGACAUAAUAAAAGGGUUUUAUGCUUUCACCGACAGGGUCCCAGCACUUUUGGAACAUUUGCAGUCAGCAGAUUUAUUCUCCGUCGUAUCUGAGGAAGAUCUAGCCUUCAGACUCAACCAGAACCUCCAGACUUUGUCCGAAGACCCUCGACUGGUGAUUAAAUACAUGCAGGACAGUUCUGCCAUCGCAGAGGAGGACGCAAAGCUUAAUAAAGUACCAGACGAUGUGGGAUUAUUAAAGGCACACAUUGAUAAAGUGUUUAAAGUGGAAAUUUUACCAAAUAAUACUGGUUAUCUUCGCUUUGACAAGUUAGUUGAGACAUCUGCAGUGGCUAAACUAGAAGAACUCAUGGCUCAAAUGGUAUGGGAACCCCUCAAAGAUACAGAUAAUCUGAUUAUUGACCUACGCUAUAACACUGGAGCAUCCUCUGAUUCUCUUGAAUUUAUACUCUCUUAUUUGUAUGACUCUUCCCAAAAGCAUCACUUUUUUACAAUUUAUGAUCGGAUCCAGAACACGACAACAGAACACGACUCUCUGCCCAAAAUGACCGGCCCAACCUAUGGAUCGAAGCGUGGAGUGUACGUGUUAACGAGCUACUACACUGCGAGCGCAGGGGAAGAGUUCGCUUACCUGAUACAGUCCUUAAAUCGUGGCACGGUCAUUGGAGAAAUUACAUCUGGUACCCUGAUGCACUCAACGACAUUUCAGCUGGAAGGAACUAAGGUUGCUGUAACUGUUCCCUUCAUAAACUUUAUAGACAACAAUGGUGAAUACUGGCUGGGAGGCGGCGUGGUUCCCGAUGCCAUUGUGUUAGCUGAAGAAGCCGUGGACCACGUGCACGAAAUUGCUGACUUCCACAGAGGGCUCAAGUCCCUCAUCGGGGGAAUCGGGGAACUGCUGGAAAAAUACUACGCAAUCCGUGAAGUUGCUCUACGGGUAAGCAAGGUGCUGUUCAGGAAAUGGGAGGAGGGAUUAUACCGCUCAGUGGUUGACUUUGAAUCGUUGGCGUCUCAGCUGACAGCAGAUCUCCAUGAGAAUUCUGGUGAUCACCGGCUCCACGUCUUCUACUGCGAUGUCGAGCCUGAGCCACGUCACAACGUCCCCAAGAUCCCCACGGCAGAAGAGGUUGGAUUUAUAAUCGAUGCUCUGUUUAAAGUUGAACUUUUGCCAGGCAACAUCGGCUAUUUAAGGUUCGACAUGAUGGCGGACGUAGAAGUCAUAAAAGCCAUCGGGCCUCAGCUCAUAACAUCAGUGUGGAACAAGAUAGUGAAUACGGAUUCCCUCAUAAUUGACAUGAGGUACAACACUGGGGGAUAUUCAACAGCGAUUCCCCUCUUGUGUACUUACUUCUUUGAUGCUGAACCUUUGCGUAAUCUUUACAACGUUUUCGACCGCACAACAGACACCUUGAUUGAAGUUAUGACACUGCCCCACAUAAGAGGUCAAAGAUAUGGAUCCUCUAAGGACCUCUUUAUCCUCACCAGUCACAUGACUGGGUCAGCAGCAGAAGUCUUCACUCACACUAUGCAGGAACUGAAAAGGGCCACAGUUGUUGGGGAGCCAACAAUUGGAGGCUCUUUGUCCAGUGGGACAUACCAGAUCGAGGACAGUGUUCUGUACGCUUCCAUACCUAACCAAGUUGUCAUCAGUGCCAUCACUGGAAAAGUGUGGGGUUUUUCUGGAGUUGAACCUCAUGUCUUUGCCCAGGCGAAUUAUGCUCUCCCAGCAGCACAAAGAAUCAUAGCAGCGAGGCUGUUGGGGAAAGAGCAAAGCAAAUAGCAUGGUAUGCUAAUUUAACUUCAAACUGAUUCGAUCAUUUUCCACCUCACUGUAAAAGUUUAUGUGUGGUCUCGAUCCUUUGUGUCACAGAAAUGUCAACACAUCAGUCAUUUGCUGUCAGUGUGGUUUUGAAUUUUAGUAUCAGCCGUGACCACCCACUUUGUGAAAGUUCUCUGUCAUGAAAUGGGUCUGGUAUCUUUCUCAUCAGGAAUGACUUCCACUGGUACAAAACAUACCAAACCAAUCACAACAAGGCAGGCGAUGACUCGUACUGGAGUAUCCAAGAGCCCCGACUACACCUUUGUCUCUCAGACUGGUUGUAUGCUUAUCCAAUAGUGUCCAGGAGCAGUUCUGUCUGUGUCCUUUUGGUGCUGGUUCCUGGAAAUCAAAGUGAAACCCAGAUGAGCCAGACUAACUCUUUUUUAAGAGCCUGGGCAUCCAAUCGUUUUCCUUUGAUUACGUAAGAAAAAAGAAUAAUUGCAGACCAUUACUCUUAUUUACUAGUACUAUUUACAAGUCUUUUCUUAUUUCUAAAUACAAAUGUAAUUCUAAAAUACUACUAAUGCACUGAAUCCUAUUGCUGAAGGGAAUUCAAAGAUUGUGUGAGAGAUCUUUUCUGAAGCUUUUGUCUUUUUUGCUAUUUUACCUAAAGAUUUCUCCCUCCCAACAUUUGACUGUGGAUAUUGUCCUAUGAUCUCUAAACUGACAUUCAAACUAGCAAAAUAAAUAAAUAAAGAAGAAAAAGGAAAUGUACAGAAACACUUUGAAAUACACUUUAAAACAGUCAAAUCCUAUCAAACAUUAAGCUUUAUUUAUUUAUUGACAUGUAAAGGUUUUACUUGCUGUGUCUCUGUGUGAUUCCCAGUGUAAUUGCAUUCCAAACGUCGUGUAUUUGAGAACAUGUCCCGUUGACUGUCAUGUGGAGUCCUUGUAAGUGUUUUUAGGUAGUUCCUGUCUACUUUUGAGGUCGCUGUCAUUGAUGGCAGAGGUUGUUUUUUGUUUUUUAAACUUAACAGGAUUUACCAGCAGAGGGCGCAAGUACCAAACAAACCUAAAUGGCUCCUCCAGAUCAUCUCCCUCCAAACCUGUUAAGAAAUGUAUGAAAUUUUAAAAAAGAAUUCAGUUUCUGGGAUCUUAUUAAUGAAAAUAUUCUUGUUUGACUUUGAAAAAUCAUGUUAACUCAGUUUCUUUUCAAAAACUGAUGAGUUCCACUAUAGCAUUUUAUUUCUAAUUUCAUCUUCAGUAGACCAUCCUGCCCAUAUUUGACUAUGGCGACACCAUCGACAGGAUGGCACCACAACUGGACACUCCCCACCAUUCAGCCAUCCGUUUUGCUACAGGUGCUCCUUUCACAUCCCACCACUUCAACCUGUAUAAACUGGUGAACUGGACAUCCCUCCACAUCUGACUCUUAUACAAAUCCAUACUUGGCUUAACACCCUCUUAUCUUUCUUCCCAUCUGCACAUCUCUCACUCCGUUUUCAACCAACGAUCUAGCAAAUUUGUCAAAUUUGCUGUCCCCAAAGUCCGUACCAGCUUGGGACCGUUUUGCUGUAGCCGAUGAUUAGAACAAUUUACAAAAACACUCUCAAACUCACUGUCUUCUCUUUCCUUGAUUUAAAAAAAAAUUUGUUACACAUUAUUGUCGACUCCUGCACCUGUUGAACAUGCCUACUUGCUGUGCCUCAUUGUUUAAUGUUUUAUUGUAUUGAAUUUACUUUUAAUUUUUGUCUGUUAUUGUAACUUGUUUUAUGUUCUAGGGACCCCCUCUCCGUUUCCCCCUCAAGGAGCCUUUGCUCUUUGGCCUCAGGCCGCAUUUGUAAAUAAGAACCUAUUCUUG